UUUAGGGUUUGUUUAAAUACCAUCAUCUUAUAUAAUGCAUGCAAGAACAAACUUUUUCAGUCUCUAAUGUUGAAACAAUAAUGUCUAACUCCAAACACACAACCCAUCCUCCUCCGCCGCAGCCGCCGUCGCUUUUUUCAUUACCUGAGGAAAUAGUUUUGAGUUGCUUGGCCCGCGUCCCAGAAAUGUAUCACCUAAAUCUCUUAUUGGUCUCAAAAAACCUAAGAGCCCUUGUUCGCUCGCUGCCUGAGUUCAAACGACUACAACCCGUCCCCCACAAGCACUCCCUCUAUCUAUGUUUCCUAGGAAACGACAACUCAUCCUUCCACUGGUUUACCCUCACAACAACAAGAACAACGGACUAUCGCUUAUUUCUGAACCCAACUCCCUUCCCUUCUCAUCCUAAGUACGGUUCUUCAACCGUUGUCUCAGUGGGGUCAAAGAUCUUCUUCAUCGGCAGAUAUUACGAACCUUCCUCGGAUCUAUGGAUCCUCAACACGCGAUCUGGAAACAUGACUCAGGGACCAAGCAUGAGCGUGCCUCGAGUAUGGGGCGGUGCAGCUGUGGGAGUGGUCGACGGGAAGAUAUACGUCAUCGGAGGAGGCGUACCCUUCUCUGACGGAAGGUUUCAGAUUCAGGAAGAGACCCAAGUUGAAGUUUUCGAUCCAAAGUCGGGAACCUGGGAGCUUGCGGGGGCGGAGUACGGGCGUAAAGCCUUACGGUGUAGUGCCUCGGUGGAGGGGAAGGUUUAUAUGGUGGAGAACAACGAGAUAGAUGUGUACAACCCGCGAGAAGGUGAGAGAGAACGGAUGGUUCAUAUGGUGAGCCAUACACUCGCGGAAGGUGGAAGAAAGGAAAGGUUAAAAGCUUAUGCUACGGUGCGUCACUUGUGUGUGGUGGAGGAUGUUCUCUUUGCUCUCUUUGACUGGCAUGGGAGGAUUAUGUGGUUUGACACAAAGUGCAAUGUAUGGAGGAGAUUGGUCGGUCCUGGUGGGAAUAAACUGCGAAUCUCUCCUGUGGGUGCGAUGGCGGAACACGACGGAAAGCUAGCGGUUUUGGAGCUGUGUGAUGUAAUGGAAAAGGAUUUAACCAUUAGCACGAGUGUUCGGUGUGAGUUGGUCUCGUUGCAAAGAGCUGGAGACAGGAUUUGUGGGAAGGUCGAUUGGUCUGGUUCUGUGGGUACAGUCCCAUACUUGUUUCGUUUUCUGCAUUGUGUAGCUGUUUCCAAUUGAUUGAUACAAUAAUAGUAUAUUAUGUGUUCUUGAAAGCAAUGUGUUUGUAAAACUCAUGUGUGGUUACUGAAGAAAAUAGAUUGGUGAUCUCUUGUUUGUUCCUUGGAUUGUCGUCAUCUUACGUUAUGUAAGUUGAUAAUGUUAUAGUUUACAAA